GGCAGAGCGCGGGCCGGAGCGGAGACCGGGGCGCCAUGCCCACCAACUUCACGGUGGUGCCGGUGCAGGCGGGGGCGGACGGCGGCCAGGACGAGGCGGCCGAGGGGGCCGAGGCGGCCGAGGCGGCCGAGGGGGCCGAGGCGCCGGGCCCCCCCGAGGGCGAGCCCGACUGCCAGAGCCCGGGAGAUGGAAACCCUCGAGAGAACAGCCCGUUCAUCAAUCAUGUGGAGGUGGAGCAGGAGAGCUUUGAAGGAAAGAACAUGGCGCUUUUUGAGGAGGAGAUGGACAGCAACCCCAUGGUGUCCUCCCUGCUCAACAAGCUGGCUAACUACACCAACCUGAGCCAGGGCGUGGUGGAGCAUGAGGAGCACGAAGACGGCAGGAGGCGUGAGGUCAAGAGCCCGCGCAUGGGAACCUUCAUUGGCGUCUACCUGCCGUGCCUCCAGAACAUCCUCGGGGUGAUCCUCUUUCUGCGACUGACGUGGAUCGUGGGGGCGGCCGGCGUGCUGGAGUCCUUCCUUAUUGUGUUCAUGUGCUGCACCUGCACGAUGCUGACGGCCAUCUCCAUGAGUGCCAUUGCCACCAACGGUGUGGUCCCAGCUGGUGGCUCGUACUACAUGAUCUCGCGGUCCCUGGGGCCUGAGUUCGGGGGCGCCGUUGGCCUCUGCUUCUAUCUGGGCACGACCUUCGCCGGGGCCAUGUAUAUCUUGGGGACCAUUGAGAUUUUUUUGACCUACAUCUCCCCCAGUGCGGCCAUCAUCCAGGCAGAGACGGUGGAAGGUGAGGCCGCGGCCAUGUUGCACAACAUGCGUGUGUACGGGACAUGCACGCUGGUGCUCAUGGCCAUGGUGGUCUUCGUGGGCGUCAAGUAUGUCAACAAGCUGGCCCUGGUGUUCCUGGCCUGCGUGGUGCUGUCCAUCCUAGCCAUCUAUGCCGGUGUUAUCAAGACCGCCUUCGACCCACCGGACAUCCCGGUCUGUCUCCUGGGAAACCGCACCUUGUCAAGACGUGGCUUCGACGUCUGUGCCAAGUUUCACGCCGCCAACAACAGCACGACGCCCACUGCACUCUGGGGCCUCUUCUGCAACAGCUCCAUGCCCAACGCCACCUGUGAUGAGUACUUUGCCCAGAACAAUGUCACAGAGAUCCAGGGCAUCCCCGGCGUGGCCAGUGGCGUCCUCCUGGAUAACCUGUGGAGCACGUAUGCAGACAAGGGGGCGUUUGUGGAGAGGAAGAGCACGCCGUCGGUCCCCGUGCCAGAGGAGAGCAGGGCCAGCAGCCUGCCCUACGUCCUCACUGACAUCAUGACCUACUUCACCAUGCUGGUCGGGAUCUACUUCCCCUCCGUGACCGGAAUCAUGGCGGGCUCAAACCGGUCCGGGGACCUCAGGGACGCCCAGAAGUCGAUCCCCACAGGGACCAUUUUGGCCAUCGUGACGACGUCUUUUAUCUACCUGUCCUGCAUUGUGCUCUUCGGGGCCUGCAUCGAAGGCGUGAUCUUACGAGAUAAGUUUGGGGAGGCCCUGCAGGGGAAGCUGGUCAUUGGCAUGCUGGCCUGGCCGUCUCCCUGGGUCAUCGUCAUCGGCUCCUUUUUCUCGACUUGUGGUGCUGGCCUGCAGAGCCUCACGGGGGCACCACGCCUGUUGCAGGCCAUCGCCCGCGACGGCAUCAUCCCCUUCCUACAGGUGUUUGGCCACGGGAAGGCCAAUGGGGAGCCGACUUGGGCCCUGCUGCUCACGGCCCUCAUCUGUGAGACCGGCAUCCUGAUCGCCUCCCUGGACAGCGUGGCCCCCAUCCUGUCCAUGUUUUUCCUCAUGUGCUACAUGUUUGUGAACCUGGCCUGCGCGGUGCAGACCCUGCUGCGCACGCCCAACUGGCGGCCGCGUUUCCGAUACUACCACUGGGCGCUGUCCUUCCUGGGCAUGAGCCUGUGCCUCGCGCUCAUGUUCAUCUGCUCCUGGUACUACGCUCUCUUCGCCAUGCUCAUCGCUGGCUGCAUCUACAAGUACAUCGAGUACCGCGGGGCUGAGAAGGAGUGGGGUGAUGGCAUCAGGGGGCUGUCACUAAAUGCAGCCCGCUACGCUCUGCUGCGUGUGGAGCACGGCCCUCCCCACACCAAGAACUGGAGGCCCCAGGUGCUGGUGAUGCUGAGCCUGGAUGAGGAGCAGCAUGUGAAACACCCCCGCCUACUAUCCCUCACGACCCAGCUCAAGGCUGGCAAGGGCCUGACCAUUGUGGGCUCCGUGCUGGAGGGCACCUACCUGGACAAGCACGUGGAGGCCCAGCGGGCCGAGGAGAACAUCCGGUCUCUGAUGGGCGUGGAGAAGACCAAGGGCUUCUGCCAGCUGGUGGUAUCCUCCAGCCUGCGGGAUGGCAUGUCCCACCUGAUCCAGUCGGCCGGCCUGGGGGGCAUGAAGCACAACACGGUGCUCAUGGCGUGGCCCGAGUCCUGGAAGCAGGAGGCCAACACUUUCUCCUGGAAGAACUUUGUCGAAACCGUUCGAGACACCACGACAGCCCAGCAGGCCCUGCUGGUGGCCAAAAACGUGGACCUGUUUCCACAAAACCAGGAGCGCUUUGGCGACGGGGACAUUGACGUGUGGUGGGUCGUGCACGACGGGGGCCUCCUCAUGCUGUUGCCGUUCCUGCUGCGGCAGCACAAGGUGUGGAGGAAGUGCCGGAUGCGCAUCUUCACGGUAGCCCAGGUGGACGACAACAGCAUCCAGAUGAAGAAGGACCUGCAGAUGUUCCUGUACCACCUGAGGAUCAGCGCCGAGGUGGAGGUGGUGGAGAUGGUUGAAAACGACAUCUCGGCGUUCACGUACGAGAAGACUCUGAUGAUGGAGCAGAGGUCCCAGAUGCUGAAGCAGAUGCAGCUGUCCAAGACGGAGCGGGAGAGGGAGGCUCAGCUAAUCCACGACAGGAACACUGCGUCCCAUUCCGCCGUGGCCACCAGGACCCAGGCCCCGCCCGCCCCAGACAGAGUGCAGAUGACCUGGACCAAGGAGAAGCUCAUCGCAGAGAAGAAGAACAAGGAGGCGGGCGUGUCCGGGGUCAAGGGCCUCUUCAGCCUGAAGCCAGAAUGGGGAAAUCUGAACCAGUCCAACGUCAGGAGGAUGCACACGGCCGUGAAGCUCAACGGUGUCGUCCUCAGCAGGUCCCGGGGCGCACAGCUUGUCCUGCUGAACAUGCCGGGGCCCCCCAGAAACCGGCAGGGGGAUGAGAACUACAUGGAGUUCCUUGAGGUCCUGACCGAGGGGCUUGACAGGGUCCUUCUGGUCCGGGGCAGCGGCCGGGAGGUGGUUACCAUCUACUCCUGAUGCUCAGCCACCCAGGAACACGCUGGGCGGGCUGGGGAUUGUGCUACACGUGGCCUCCUAUGGAAGUUUCCAGAAUAGCCCCACAGCUCUCCCUCCAGGCGCAGAGCCAGCCCGCAGCUGCGGUGGUUUCCUCGCGUGGGGGGAGGCGUGGAUGCCCCUGAGGGAGGCUCGCGGUGACCCGGGAAGAGACCAGCGGCUCUGGCCAUGCACUCAGGCUGUGGGUUCCAGAAGCAGUUUCCGUGGCCAGACCUGUCUGGUUGUCAGGUUGCAUGUCAGUUCUGCCUCGUCCAGGAUGCUCACGAGAAACCCCCGCUCGAUCUGAAGGUCACCUUGGGCCACAGGGAUCCGUUCAGGAAGGUGGCCGAGGGCCUCAGCCCCUCGGUCAGCCUCUUCAGCGCCUGUCCCUGUAGCGUCCCUGUUUGUGUUCCUGUAAAUUAAGGCCGAGGAGAGCCAUCCACCCCGACUUGCUGGGUGGCCUUGGUCAGCGUGCCUCAGCCUGCCUGCCUGGUGCAGGAAUGUCUAGGAGGGGAACCCCAAUUCCUUGGGGACGUGGACGUGGGUGGUCAUUCCGGGUGGGCGCAUUCUGGGGGGUUCGGCUCCAGGAAGCUGCCUGAGGGGCAGAGGCCCACGCGAGGGUCCUGCCACGCCUGGGCUGGGUUUGCAGCUGGGACGCCAGCCACAUCCUGCACAGGCGGCUGGGCCCCGUUUCUGAGAAUUCACCCACAGUUCCCCGCCUGACGUGUGCGUACCGGUGGCCCUCGGUUUCCACGUGCCAGGCUCCAUGGAGGGGGUGCCUGGGGCCUCAGCGGCCCUGAGUCAGCGAGCCGAAGCCCGUGUGCCUGUCCCCUCCUGCCAGCGCACGGGGGACGGUGACAGCCACGCGCAGGGCACUGUGAGCUGUUUCAGUGGGCUGUGGACUUGCUUCGUGGUCGUGGUCCCGAUCAUGCCGCCGUAGCUUGCGGUGACCUGUGCCUCGUGUGUGCGGUGUAUUUAUUUAUUUAAGCACCUGGGGAUUUCAGUGGUAAUUAGGGCAUCAGUGAAGAGACUGCUUCUGCGAACGAGCCCCAAACGGCUGCGUCCUUGGCUUUCUCUGGCUUCCUCGGACCCCAAGGAAGUCACCUGGUCCACAGAUUUCAGGUCAGGGCAGAGGCUAAACGUCCAGACGUUCAAGGAGCUGUUGGGCAGCACAGAGGGUCUGCGUCGUCAGAGUGAUCACCGGCCAGAGCGUGUGCCAAACCGCUACAGCCACGCCUGGGCAUCUGUACUCUUCCCGCUGCGGUUCUGCACCAAGUGAAGCGGCGAAACCCAGCUCCCUGGCCCUCGGUCCCCUCGUGUCGGGAGCGGAGCCGUGUCCCCAGGGCCCCAUGGCGCUGACACUACACUGCAGACGGGCUGCAUGGCAGGACCUCCCCCGUGCCCCCGACCCCUGUUCACGCGGCGUAGACCUUAGCACAGCUGCAGUGAGAGGGCUCGGCUGCAUUCGUGCACACCCCCCUCCACACGGAAGCCCACGGGCAGCCGACUAAGGUUGGUUCCACGUUGUUUUCUAGCUUCCUUGUCUUUAUGAUUUGUUGGUAGAAGAAUAAAUUGUAUAACAGCUGA